AUGUUGGGUGUAGCUCCUGAGGAUUUAGCAUGUCAGGCUGUGUCUACACAGCUUAGGUUUCUAUUAUUAUGCAAUGGCUUAGAGGGCAGUGCUUUGCCACAUAAUUACAGAGCCAAUCUCUGUUAGGACCAGGAGUUUGAAUGCCUCUUUCGAUACCAACUGUUUGCCUCCUGCCCACUUAGGACUCAUCCCUGACAAUCUAACUUGUUUAUUAGCUUCUUUUUGUGCCCUUGUUUCAUCUGGUUUCUGGUUUUCUUCCCUUUCCUGUGCUACACAUUUGUUUAUUUCAGAGGUGAGGGGUCUGCCUGAGUCGUGCCUGCAUGGAUUCCUAUGCAGUACAAAGCACUUGAGCACUUGCUGUAUGUUGCAUCGUCAGAAGAGGAGUCUCAGGGAUUGGCACGCUCGGACUUCACCGAAUCAGCCUGCAUCUGACAAACAAUCUUGUCUGCAUUUUGGUGUGCUAGAGAUCAACUGGGAUUUUUCUGAUUCUAUUUUCUUUUGAAAAAAAGGAUGCAUGGAAUAGAAAGAAGGUCUAAGUCCCUGUCUGAGACUAUUUUACCAAACCUGGGAUAAAUGUUACUUCUCAAAGACUGCCUGAUCUAGUAGUUUUGGGGCAGUGCCAUGGAGAUAUUAAGAGGAAUAAGGUUUAUCUAUUCCAUCUUUGGGAUUACUAUGACAGAAAAACUCUUUUGACGAGAAGAGGGAGGGAAACAGUACUGUUGCGUGAUUUACAAUGGAAAAAUUGCUCUGCGGCAUCCUGGUGUUUGGAAUGGCUGUCACAGUCAACGCUUGUCCCAAAUAUUGUGUCUGUCAGAACCUGUCUGAGUCACUGGGGACUUUGUGUCCCUCCAAGGGUCUCCUUUUUGUUCCCCUGGACAUAGAUCGAAGGACUGUUGAACUCCGUCUUGGGGGCAACUUUAUUAUCAAUAUUAGCCGACAGGAUUUUGCCAAUAUGUCUGGACUUGUUGACCUCACUUUGUCCAGAAACACCAUCAGUUACAUACAGCCCUACUCUUUCACUGACCUGGAGAGCCUUCGGUCUUUACAUCUGGACAGCAACAGAUUGCCCGAGAUUGAAGAGGAUACUUUAAGAGGUUUAAUUAACCUUCAACAUUUGAUUUUAAACAACAACCAGCUAAGCAGCAUUUCUGAUGACGCCUUUGAGGAUUUUUUACUGACGUUGGAAGACUUAGACCUUUCCUACAAUAACCUCCGAAGCAUUCCCUGGGAAUCCAUAAGAAAGAUGAUAAACUUGCACCAGCUCAGUUUAGAUCACAACCUAAUAGAUUAUAUAACUGAGGGGACAUUUGCAGAUCUUCAGAAAUUGGCCAGAUUGGAUCUAACAUCCAACAGACUUCAGAAGCUCCCCCCUGACCCUAUAUUUGCCAGAUCACAAGUAAUUCCAUUGGUUGUUACCCCGUUUUCGCCACCUCUGUCCCUCAGCUUUGGGGGAAAUCCACUGCAUUGCAACUGUGAGCUCCUGUGGUUAAGGCGGCUUGACAGGGAUGAUGACAUGGAAACCUGUGCUUCUCCUCCAAGUCUAAAGGGCAGGUACUUCUGGUACAUACGGGAAGAGGAAUUUGUUUGUGAGCCUCCUCUUAUUACACAGCACACUCACAAGCUGCUGGUUCUAGAGGGGCAAACUGCCACGCUGAAGUGCAAAGCCAUUGGGGAUCCCACCCCCAUCAUUCACUGGGUGGCCCCUGAUGACCGCCUCAUCGGGAACUCCUCCAGGACAGCUGUCUAUGACAACGGCACCUUGGAUAUACACAUCACCACCUCCAAGGACUAUGGAACUUUCACUUGCAUAGCAGCCAACGCUGCUGGGGAGUCCACUGCAACAAUUGAACUCUCAAUUGUUCAGCUUCCCCAUCUCAGCAACGGCACAGGCAAAGCAGCUCCACCAAAAUCCAGGCUCUCGGACAUCACCAGCUCCACCAAGUCCAAUCGCGGUGAAACAAAAGGCCCACCAGAAAGGGCUGUCCUGGUUUCAGAUGUGACCACUACCUCAGCUUUGGUCAAGUGGACAGUCAGCAAGUCGGCCCCUCGGGUUAAAAUGUACCAACUGCAGUAUAACUGCUCGGAUGAUGAAGUCCUGAUCUACAGGAUGAUACCAGCUACAAACAAGGCCUUUGUUGUAACCAACCUUGUUUCUGGAACAGGCUAUGACCUCUGCGUCCUGGCAAUGUGGGACGACACAGCCACAACCCUUACUGCCACCAAUAUUGUGGGAUGCGCCCAGUUCUUCACCAAAGAAGACUACCCUCAGUGCCAGUCGAUGCACAGUCAGUUCCUGGGUGGGACCAUGAUUCUGAUCAUUGGAGGCAUCAUUGUGGCAACUCUGUUGGUAUUCAUUGUGAUUCUCAUGGUCCGCUAUAAGGUCUGCAACAACUCCCAGGGGAAGAUGUCUAGUGUCAGCAACGUCUACUCACAGACAAACGGAGCACAGCCAGUCCAGAACGGAGUGUUGCCCCAAGUCAAUCCCAAAGUGGUGGUGAGAAAUGAACUUAUGGAGUUUAGCUGUCAGUCUGCGCGGAGCAGCAUCUCCUCUUCCUCCAGCUCUGCAAAUAGCCGUGACUGUGACAACUACAGCCUCCAAAGUGAACAGGGCACAUUGUCCAGCAAAUGGAGGCCUCCUUCCCGGUCAAAACACAAUAUUGACCGGCUAAUGGGAGCUUUUGCCUCCCUGGAACUGAAAUGUCAGAAAAAGGAGGAAAUGACAGACUCCAGAACUUCCACGGUGGCCCGCCACUCGGACAAAGAGCCACUGCUGGGCCAGACAGAGUCCAAAUUCCGCAGCUUCCUCAUGUUGCCUCUGGAGGGCAAAACUAAACGUAGCCAUUCUUUUGACAUGGGGGACUUUGCCACAUCUCAGUGUUGCACCUACCCAAAAAAGAUAACAAACAUUUGGACAAAGAGGAGCCUCUCGGUCAACGGCAUGCUUUUGCAGUACGAUGACAAUGACCUAACAGGGGCAAAAGGGACUUUCGGGAGCUCAGAGUGGGUGAUGGAAAGCACGGUGUAAAUAUCAGUGUCUGCCCCUUCUCUUCUCCCCUCAUGUGUUAUAGAGCGUGGUUUGCUUCAGGGCCAUGCAACUGGAACGAGAGGGGAGAAAACAUUUUCUGUUGUACUGGCCAAAAAGGCAAGCAAGCAAGUUAAAGGAAUAGUAAAAGAGAAAGAGGGUCAUGAAAUGUGAAUAGGCACAUACGGUACCAUUCCUGUCUGGCCCCUACUAAACCAUGCGUGAAUGUUUCAAGGAAUUUGCUAGUUGUAUUUAGCAUUGCUUUCCAAAUUUACUCAGACUCUUGGUGAACCUUCACACAAGAUUAAACAAGGAGGAUGAAAAGGGGUUUAACAGCAGAAAUUUAAUUUCAUAGAGUUUCUUUUUACUUUCUUUUCUUUCUUUCUUUCUUUCUUUCUUUCUUUCUUUCUUUC